CCCUUAUCGGGUCCAAGAACAGUCAUGCAAGGAUUUAACAAGUAUUAUCCGCCAGAUUACGAGCCUGAUAAACACAAGAGCUUAAAUGCGUACAGAGGCAAACAUGCGCUCGGUGACAGAGCGCGUAAACUCGACAAGGGCAUACUCAUAACCCGUUUUGAGCUUCCCUUCAAUAUCUGGUGUGGAACAUGCAACAAUCAUAUUGGCAUGGGCGUCCGGUAUAAUGCGGAGAAGAAGAAAGUCGGCGCAUACUAUUCCACUCCAAUAUACUCGUUCCGCUGCAAAUGCCAUCUCUGCGACGGCUGGUUUGAAAUUCAGACCGAUCCGAAGAAUACUCGCUACGUAGUGGUCUCAGGCGCCCGUCAGAAGGAUGAAGAUUGGGAUCCAGAGGACAACGGCGGGUUUGCUAUUCACGAUACCGAAGGGAAAGCUGACCCCGCGGAUCCACUUGCGGCGUUCGAGAAGACCACCGAUGCCCAAAACUACGUCGCCAAGGUGCAGAUCCCACGGCUUGAGGCCUUGCAGGGUGUUUCGGAUCGCUACAAUCACGAUCCUUACGCACUAUCAUCAAUGGUGCGCAAGCGUUUUCGUGCAGAGAAGAAGAUUGAGGCACAGAAGCGCGCUGAGGAUGAUACGCUCAAAGGCAAAUAUGGCUUACCGGAGGAGUUGAAUCUUGUUGAAGAUGAUGCGGAGGCCAAGCAGCAUGCACGGGACCAGUGGGCGAGGGCUAGAAUGGAAUAUGAAGCAGAGAGAAAUAGUAAGAGACCUCGCCUAUCGAUACCAUUCUCGUCUGGUUCCCAAGCUAGGUCGACAUCAGACGCCGUAUCUUCUCUGAAGGCUCGCAUCCUUGACAAUACUCGGCGGUCAAGUACCCUUGCGAACAGAGUGAAACCUCCUGAUCGAGGAGUACUUCUCAAGUAGAUACGACACUUCAUUGUACACUAGACGUUCACGCAAACUUCAUUAUACUGCUGCUGUCUAAAU